GUGCUCAAAUCUAUCCGGUUGUUCCCGUGACCUUCACAAACCUCACUUUUUUAACAACUACCAGACCUGGAGCUGCCCUUUGUGCCUGGUCUCCUCUUCUGAGCCUUGCUCAUCUUGCUGUGACCUGGGUCAGAUCAACCGAAGCCUUGAUUUCCUGACUGCAUCGCGGUUGUGAGGCGUCCGUAACAGGCCCGACACGAUACCUACUUCUGUUUGUGUCCGAUCUUGUCAGCUUUUACUUGGUCGGUUGGGAUCUCGCCUGCUUUGUCGCAGUGUGUGCGUCACACGACUGUUGCUUCACUAGAGAUUGUCCGGACUCACGUCCGGGCACUGGAACCUCUCCUUCCUCCGAGCUUCCAUAUUAUUCCGCUCGACGUCAAGUUCCGGACAAUCAGCGAACUUUAAGCGACUGCCCUCACUGUGAGCCCACUCGCACGUGAGCAUCUAGUACAUUAAUACUAGGCGUCGUCGCUGGCUCCUUGGGCGUUCCCAUUCACCCCGACUCGUAUACAGUGUCGCUUAGGCUUCUCUGAGCCGUCUCAUCAUCAUGCUUCCUCCGAUUCCAGCAUUGGCGGACUACGGGAUCUCGGCAGACCAUGGCUUCCUCCCUCCAGAGCCACCCCUUGAGAUCUUGCCAGACCCCUAUUAUGCCAAGUGGGAGUGGAUCGUGUCCAACCUGCAGGCACUUUUGACUAGCCGGAGGAUCCGGGAGGUGGUCGAUCAUAUGUCCACGCUGUCUACAUCAUAUCUUCAGUCGGAGAACGAGUGGCGCAGGGCCUACGUCGUACUGGUAUUUAUGCUGCAUGGGUAUGUAUGGGGGGGAAGCAAGCCGGCAGAGAAAAUCCCGCCUCAGCUGACCGUCCCACUAUUCGACGUCUGCGAGCACCUGGGUCUGCCGCCCGUGGCCACUUAUGCAGGGGUGUGUCUGUGGAACUAUAAGCCUAUUUUUCCGGAGGAAUCGAUCGAUGAUCUACGUAAUCUCGACACCAUCAACACAUUUACAGGGUCAUUGGAUGAGAAGUGGUUUUACCUGGUCUCCGUGGCCAUUGAAGCUCGUGGAGCACCCUCGAUCCCGCUGGUGCUGCAAGCAAUUGCGGCGGCCCGGGCUGGAAACAGCCUGGUAGUCACCGAAUGUCUGCAGCGACUUGCUGAGGUGCUGGACGAGGUAGGGUCGCUGCUGGAGCGCAUGUACGAGCACUGCGAUCCGUACGUGUUCUACCACCGCAUCCGGCCCUAUCUGGCUGGGAGCAAGAACAUGGCUGAUGCUGGCCUCCCGCAUGGUCUAUUAUAUGACUAUGGAAACGGACAGCCCGAGUAUCGGCAGUAUGGCGGCGGUAGCAAUGCCCAGAGCUCACUGAUCCAGUUCUUCGACAUCGCACUGGGCAUCGAGCACCGUCCGACCGGGGAGACGCGUCCUAGCAGCACCCCGAUGAAGGACGAGAAAGAGGGUGUUGUUGGGGCACCUCGUCACGGGUUCAUCCAGGAGAUGCGUACAUACAUGCCUGCGGCGCACCGUCGUUUCUUGGAGCAUGUUAAUGCCGUGGCCAACAUCCGACAGUAUGUGGAAGCACGACGCUCGGACAAGGCACUGUGCAUUGCAUACGACGCAUGUCUGUCGAUGCUUCGGGCAAUGCGCGACAAGCACAUCCAAAUUGUAUCCCGUUAUAUCAUCAUUCAGUCUCGGGAUGCUCGACCGAGUCGCCCAGCGCGCGCAACCAGUCCCAAAAGAGCCAUUAACCUGGCGACCGCCCGACACGGUGAGAAGCCGGACAGUAAGAAACUGCGGGGCACGGGUGGAACGGCCUUGAUCCCGUUCCUGAAACAAGCACGGGACGAGACGGGCGAGCCAGCGAUCGAUGCAUGGGCCCGUCGGCUUUUGAGCACAGGACCGUCGGAGUCUAGCUUCGCGGCGCUGAGCAAAGUGGACGAGGACCACGAUGGACAUCUCCAGGUGGUGGGACUAUCAGGAACAUGGGCAGCGGAUGACAGCGAGGGUGGCAUAUGUCAUUGGUAGCAUUGCAUGUAAUAGAUGCUGCAUGGUUUUGUUUUGGUUUUGUUUUGUUUAAGAUUCACUAAUGAGCGGGUCGGUGUUUUUCUCUAUCUAGCAUUGAGACAGCCGAUGACGAUGACGAGGGGGGAAGAUGAUCGAUGUACAUAGAGCGAUGAAUACUUUUGAUUAUGACGAGAUUGAUGAAUGCAUGAGAGAUUUGGACGUCAUCGCCUUUUUCCAUUUGCUCUUUU